AUGGGAAAGUCAUUUUCCAAUUUUCGUUAUGUUGAUUGCGACGAUCAGCAUUCACCACGCCAUAUGCUUAUGCUGCUCCAUUCUGUUCAAGCAGGAAACCCCACUUCUAAUACAACUCCUUUGCAUCGAUUUUUGAUUCGUCAGUCCCUUGGAGCUCUAUAUGAUCAGUACUUAAAACACGGUUAUGGUGGCCUUUCAUUGUUUGUGGGGUUCGUUGUUGGGGCAUUAGCUGUAAUCGGUGUUGAAGUUGUGGGAGUUUUGUUCUUUAUACAAAAAUUGGGUAGAAAAACAAAGGAAGAUGCUGUUAAGGUCGCCAAAUCCAGAUCGCAUGAAAGAGAGGAACCCCCGUUUUCAUUUCCUGAUAAACAGGGUUGGGUUUGGAUUUUAGAAAAGGAAAAGAUCCCAAAGACUUUACCAUCAUUUGAUAAAGGAUCACGUUCACAAAAACGUAAAAAUGAGAUUGUGGAGGUUUCACCUGUGCGGAAGCAUGCAAGCAUCAAGGAUCUAUCACUCAUCCUUAUCGAACCAGAUGGCACCCUCACGAAGAUUCCUCUUUCAGGCUGCACUGUAGAAGCUGUUUCUGCUACAAAAUUUACCCACCAGAAAGUGGGCCAAAAAAUAUCCUGUCAGAGUGGAAAACAAGUCAUCACCCUACGACUUGCUUCAUGUGAUGACAAAGAGAAACUCAAAUGGUUUCACAAAUCGCUUUCAGACUUUCACAGUUACCUAGGAUCCUUAAAUGUUGAAUACCCUUCAUUUCUAAAACCCUCCAUAGGUUUCAAUCCGGAAACAGGUGAUAAAACAAUCAAGAUAGACACUUCAUCGUCAAAAGUUCGCCACUUUUUAAAGAAACUUGCCAAAAAGACUUCUAAAGCUGGUAGAGAAGAUAAAAAAGAAAAAUCUAAUCCAGUGCAAGACUCGAGUUCAGUUGGUAGCUCUUCAAAACACAAGAAACAGAAUCAUUCUACUGAAGAGGAAAUUGUUCAAGCAUUAUUAACACCAAGAUCUGAUACAGAUUCUACUCAUUCUAUUAACAAAAUGGCUAGUGAUGAUGGAACAUUAUGUUGCAAUUUGUUAAUAUCACGGUUAUUUUUUGAUGCCAAAAGCAAUGCGGAUUUGAAGAACUCUAUACAAGCACGAAUUCAGAGGACACUCUCUACUAUAAGGACCCCAAGUUACAUAGGGGAGAUAGUUUGCACAGGGGUAAAUCCUGGAAAUAUCCCGCCAUAUAUUCAUGGAAUGCGGGUCCUACCAUCAGAUCUGAAGGAAGUGGUUGCCAUGGAAAUUGAUAUUGAAUAUUAUGGUGGAGCAGUGUUGGAUAUUGAAACAAGGCUUGAAGUACAAGAGCUUGAAAAUCCAGAAACUAUGAAUUCAGAUUCCAAAUCUGUUAAUGAUGUCACCUCUGAUCUUCUAGAAGGUGUUGGGUACUAUGAAAAACAGUUGAAGCUUAAUGAACACAAGGGUGAUGAAAUACGCAAAUUGGAAGAGGUAAAAAGUUUUAAGGGAGAUGAACAAGCAUCUUCAAGUUCUGCUGUAUCCAAGUGGAAAUCCGUGUUAAAUUCUGUCGCGAAACAAGUGUCUCAGGUGCCUCUUUCAAUGGCAAUACGGGUAACAACUCUUAGAGGAACUUUAAGGGUGCAUAUAAAACCUCCUCCUUCAGAUCAAUUGUGGUUUGGUUUUACAUCUAUGCCUGAUAUAGAAUUUAGUUUGGAGUCUUCUGUUGGGGAUCACAAGAUUACAAGUGGACAUAUUGCAUUGUUCAUAAUCGGUAAAUUUAAGACAGCUAUUCGUGAAACCAUGCCGCCCCUUUUAUAUUUGCCAAUUCUGAAUCUACCACCAACUCCACCACCACUACCACCACCACCACCAACACCAACACCACCACCACCCACCACAACUACCACCACCACCACCACUACCGAACCCACUAUUGUACACGAACCUCAUCCCUGCCAACCUUCCCAAGAACCUUAUCCACAAGAACCACAAGAUGUCCAUAACACCAGCAAUCGUAGCUUAGAAAGCGUAUCUGAAACUGAUGAGCAAAACUUGGGAGCAAAUGAAGAUCCUGUUUCUGUAGAUGAGAAAACUCCAUUGUUGGAAAGUGAGGAACAUGGACAAGAGGCGGAUCUUACUGUGUCACUCCGGUCGGUUGAUGAGAAGAGAGAAGUUAAAUUGCCAAGCUGGCAACUCCACCCAUUGCCACCUCAGCCAGUGGUGGUGACGAGUGAAGAAAGUAAUGACAUGGCGGAAGGGGAGGAUGCGAGGUUAAGAAGAAUGGGAACCAAGGCCAAGAUGUUGGGGUUGAGGAAAAAAAUGGGGGAGAAACUUGAAGAAAAGAGACGGAAUAUUGAAGAGAAAGGAAGACAUAUUGUUGAGAAGAUGCGAGGUCCAGGAGGGAGCUAA